AUGCUCGGGCACAGCCGCAACGGGCAGGCCCACGUGCCCCGGCGGAAACGCCGCAACCGCUUCGUCAAGAAGAACGGCCAAUGCAACGUGUACUUCGCCAACCUGAGCAACAAGUCGCAGCGCUACAUGGCGGACAUCUUCACCACCUGCGUGGACACGCGCUGGCGCUACAUGCUCAUGAUCUUCUCCGCGGCCUUCCUCGUCUCCUGGCUCUUCUUCGGCCUCCUCUUCUGGUGCAUCGCCUUCUUCCACGGCGACCUGGAGGCCGGCCGCGGCGGCCCCGGCGGGGGCGGCGGCGGGGCGGCGCCGGCGAGCCCCAAGCCGUGCAUCAUGCACGUGAACGGCUUCCUGGGCGCCUUCCUGUUCUCGGUGGAGACGCAGACGACCAUCGGCUACGGGUUCCGCUGCGUGACGGAGGAGUGCCCGCUGGCGGUCAUCGCCGUGGUGGUCCAGUCCAUCGUGGGCUGCGUCAUCGACUCCUUCAUGAUCGGCACCAUCAUGGCCAAGAUGGCCCGGCCCAAGAAGCGGGCGCAGACGCUGCUGUUCAGCCACCACGCGGUCAUCUCGGUGCGCGACGGCAAGCUGUGCCUGAUGUGGCGCGUGGGCAACCUGCGCAAGAGCCACAUCGUGGAGGCCCACGUGCGGGCCCAGCUCAUUAAGCCCUACAUGACCCAGGAGGGCGAGUACCUGCCGCUGGACCAGCGGGACCUCAACGUGGGCUACGACAUCGGCCUGGACCGCAUCUUCCUGGUGUCGCCCAUCAUCAUCGUGCACGAGAUCGACGAGGACAGCCCGCUGUACGGCAUGGGCAAGGAGGAGCUGGAGUCCGAGGACUUCGAGAUCGUGGUCAUCCUGGAGGGCAUGGUGGAGGCCACGGCCAUGACCACCCAGGCCCGCAGCUCCUACCUGGCCAGCGAGAUCCUGUGGGGCCACCGCUUCGAGCCCGUGGUCUUCGAGGAGAAGAGCCACUACAAGGUGGACUACUCGCGCUUCCACAAGACCUACGAGGUGGCGGGCACGCCCUGCUGCUCCGCCCGGGAGCUGCAGGAGAGCAAGAUCACCGUGCUGCCCGCCCCGCCGCCCCCGCCCAGUGCCUUCUGCUACGAGAACGAGCUGGCCCUCAUGAGCCAGGAGGAGGAGGAGAUGGAGGAGGAGGCGGCGGCGGCGGCGGCGGCGGCGGUGGCCGCGGGCCUGGGCCUGGAGGCGGGCUCCAAGGAGGAGGCGGGCAUCAUCCGGAUGCUGGAGUUCGGCAGCCACCUGGACCUGGAGCGCAUGCAAGCCACCCUCCCGCUGGACAGCAUCUCCUACCGCAGGGAGUCGGCCAUCUGACCUCGGGGCCCCGCCCGCGCCGCCUCCCACAAGAGCCUCUGCUGGGGGGGGUGAGGUGCCAGGACACCCCCUCCGCACUCAGGACAGCGCUGACCCUGGCUCCCUGGACCUUCUGGAGGGGGGCGGGGCUUCAAAGCUGGGGGACCCCUUCCUACUGACUCCGGAACCCAGGCCUGGGAAGGGCACCCGAGACCCUCUGCCCUGUCGCUCGGGACCCCAGACUCACCAUCCUUCCC